AUGUCCCCUACCCACGUUGAGCUCCCGUGUCGCAGCGCCCCUCUUGCGUUCCGAUCGUCCGAGUGCAAUAGUGAGUGGACGAAGGGGACGUGGCAGACGCACUCGUCGGCGUCGGCGAUGUUACUAGCUCAUAAAAGGCGCAAAAUAGUGGGCAAUAAUAAUGGUAGUGAUAAGAGCGAGCAGGACAGUUUGGACAUGGACGAGCAGCUCACGGAGUUUGUGGAAAUUAAUGCUUCGGAUAUGGACAGCUUGGACAUGAACCCGAGCCAGGACUUUGAUGGAGAUGAAGAUUGUGACACUGCGACACAGCCGUCUCAGUGGAUGCAGUCGUGUUCAUGGGAAGACGUGAUUGAUGUCAGCCAGAUCCAGGAAGAAGCGUCAGAAGUUUUUGACAACGUUAUUCAUGCCCCGCGGCAUACUUCAAUCCCAUCUGAGAGCAGCUCAUCGAUCUCUUGCAGUCCACACGAACGAAGGGCAUUUACCCGUCCUUCUUAUCUGACAACGAUCAAGGUUAUUCCCGAAGCGAAUGUCGAUGGCAGCCAACCUUCGGGAGACGACAAAAGAUCGCUGAGCGAUACGUUUACUGUUGGAGAGCCAGCAUUUAUAAAACCCGCUGGAAUUCCAAAUUCCGAUGUUGGUCUCCACAGUCACUCAUGGCCAGGUGGCUUUGACGACGCAAUUAAUCGUGCAAGCACUACCAGAACUGCCACGCGUCCAUUUGCCACCUGGUCAAGCGGUAGUGACAAAAGUCAGAGCGUGACAUCCGAGCCUCAAUGGGUACAGCGACGCUCGGUCAAGCGCGAUUGCUCGUUUAUAGACAAUUCUAACAACUAUGCAGUAAACGGGCGGCAGCUGCUCAAGUCAGCACCUGCCACGUCCGCCAGUAUGGACGAGUUAUCCUGUGGCAGAGUUAUUGAGCUCACAAAUGGCUGUUUUGACUUGAGUGACGGUCUUCAAGCAGUGUCCAAGGUGCCUUGCAGCAUUUCGUGCUUCCAGUCGGAACCGACAGCUGCUACAUCUUCCUCGAUCACUGGACGUUCAGGUUGGUCGAUGGGUUUCCAGCCGCGAUUACCGAGAAAAAAGCGACGGAAAGCUGGUCAACUCACGCUGGACAGUUUUUUUCCACCGACACAGUCGUCGGCACGUUGA